AUGUCUGGUGCCGAAGUAGGCCUUGUCCUUGGCCUGAUUUCGUCUGUUAUUACAAUUAUCCAUGCAACUCAACAAGUCUACGAGGCUAUCAAGGACACAAAAGGCCUCCCUGCUAGUUUUAAGCAGUCGGCGUCGAAGCUACCCCUCAUCUCGAAGCUCCUUGAAGACGCUGAAAAGUAUGUCGAAACCGUAGCGGAUGAAGCCACCCAGCCUACUUUUAUGCCUACACUUGAAAAUUGCAAACUUCAGGCAACACGUCUACACGAAUUAUUUGCAAAUGUUAUGCUAGAGAAGGAUGACUCCAGAUUGGAUCGGUAUAUAAAAGCUGCUCGUACGAUCGGAAAGAGCAGUCAAAUCGAGGAGUUAAUGAACGGGGUUCUUAACGACCUGCAGCUCAUAGCAGUAACUUUCCCUAAAAAUUUUAAGUUAGACGGACUACAGGUUGCAACAGGGGCGGCAUUUGAUUCCUACGGGAACCACCAUACCGAGUGUCUUCCAGGAACUCGAAUUGAACUUCUUCGCGAGGUUGAAGAGUGGGCGAAAUCAGCGGGGGCAAAAUGUAUAUUCUGGCUAAAUGGUAUGGCAGGAACUGGAAAGUCGACUGUAUCCCAAACAGUUGCACGCCGUCUUAAAGAGAAAAAGUUACUCGGAGCGAGCUUCUUCUUCAAAGGGUUGAUCCCUAGCAUUCGAAAAGCAAUUGAAGAUGACCCCAAUAUUUCGGAAAAGGUGCUUAGGGAGCAGUUUGAGAAGCUUCUUCUACAGCCACUACUUGGAAUACAACAGGCUCCGACUGCAACCUUGGUUAUUAUAAUCGACGCGUUAGAUGAAUGCAAGCAGGAAGAUGCACAAGCUAUUCUCCAACUCUUGCCCAGAGUCCAAAAGUCAAAGUCAGUACAAUUACGGUUUCUAUUGACAAGUAGACCCGACUUGCCAAUCAGACUAGGUUUCAAGGGCAUCAAUGGUGAUUAUCAGGAUUUAAUCCUCCAUGAGAUCCCCAUGCCAGUGAUCAAGCACGACAUAGAACUAUACUUUAAGGGUAAAUUCUCCAAACUAAGACAGGAGCGCUCAUUUUCCCCAGACUGGCCGGGAGAUGAGUGUAUCAAGACUCUAGUUGAGAGAGCAAUGCCGUUAUUCAUUGCCGCCGCCACCCUGUGCCGAUUUAUUAGUGAUACCAGGUGGAGCCCCAAAAACCGUCUUAGAGCAGUACUUACAGAUCAGACCACUUAUGUGUCUAAGAUGGAUAGCACAUAUAUGCCUGUAUUAAAUCAAAUUCUUACUGGUCAAGAUGAACGGGAGUCGCUACAGCUGGUUCAAAUAUUUAAAGAUAUCGUCGGCGUUAUCAUCGUUCUUGCCACCCCACUUUCAGUGAAAGCCCUUACUCGACUCCUAGAUAUGGAAACGGAUGAUGUUAAUGGCUUACUGGAUCUGCUUCACUCUGUUCUUAGUAUACCCGAUAAAUCCGAUACUCCAGUUAGGCUGUUACAUCUAUCGUUUAGGGAUUUCCUUCUAGAUCAGAAGGAAAAGGAUAGCAGUCGAUUCUGGAUUGAUGAGAAGGAGGUACACCGAACACUCACCAUACAAUGCCUAAACAUCAUGCAACAUAGUUUGAGGAAGAAUAUUUGCAACUUACCAGAUGAUAGCACACAACGGGAAGAUAUAGUUAUAAUUAUCGAGUGA